AUGCUAAUGGCUGAGAAGAACACCAGUGCAGAGCAGAAACAUCAAUGUGACCAGUACAACAAGAGAGUCAAGGGUCACCCUCUGUCAGUUGGAGAUCAGGUCCUGGUGGCAAACAAGGGAGCCAGAGGAAAGCGAAAGCUUUCUGAUAAAUGGGAGCCUGUGAUGUACACGGUGGUUGCCUCCAAACCUGCUCUCCAUAUUUAUCGUGUUAGAGAUCGUCACGGCAAUGAGCGUGUGGUGCAUCGCAACCUCCUUCUUGACGUGAACUUUUUACCUGUGGGGAUGACCUUGGAUGGGAAUGCGAACCGCCAGGUUGAUAGUGUGGUUCGAGUCCCCCCGGUUCCUGAUUCACAUGGAACAGGAAGAUUUAGUGAGGCUCCUAGUGCUGUUCCUGCUGAGCCUUCCCUACCCGACUCCCUGUCCCGCAGUGAUGGGGAUGACCGUACUGCUUCAUGGGUUCAGGAUGUGUCCUUGGCUCCAUCAGUUGGAAAUAGUGACCUGCCUCAUGACUCUGAAAACUCCUCUAUGGAAACAGGCGUACUGGCGACUGCUGGUUCCUUACCUCAUCUUCCUGAUGCUACUGGCUCUGUUCAUCCUCCAGACAGGGUGGGUGAGGAUGUUGUUCGCCGCCUAACUUCACGCUUUGGGAGGGUUAUUAAACCAGUUUGUCGCCUGAUAGAGUCCAUGGCCGUCAUUGAGGCGCUUUAUGACAAGGAUAAUGUUCAAACUGUUAUUGACGUUUGUGCUCGUUGUUUGCUCGGUGGAGCUUCGGUUGAAUCUGAUGUCUUUUUAAAGGGACAGCUCAUCAUUUCUGCUUGCAGAGCACACAGAGAGGACGUGAUGUUCAGGCCACAUGUGAGUGUGAAAGCUAUAGGGUGGCUCGGUCACAUCAAGAUGAAACCAGACUUCACUACUUGGAGGAAACUGGCAGGUUUGCAGCAGCUUACAGGGAAAGUUCGGUGGAUGAGCAACACCAGACCCGCUCCUGUUUUGACGGCCGCUCCUGUUCGCGCCCUCGUUGACGAGCAGAUCAUCAUUAGAGGACACUUCCUGCCCCCACGCUGUCCCGUCACAGUGCAUGCAAGAAUGCACUGCGACGAGGGAGCCCUAUGGGAGUCAAUCGCUCAUUAUAACACAGAUGAGAGGGGAACUUUUAGCUUAACUCGUGAUCUUUCAGUGGGAGGCUCCUAUUUGGGCUGCGAGCCGAUGGGACUCUUCUGGAGUAUGCAGCCAGCUCCUGGAGGAAGAGAAGGUUUAAGACUGAGGAAGAAGAAUGUGGAGAGUCCUUACAUGGUGCAUGUUUCUCUGCUGGAAGGCCACGUCUCAGCCAGCGAAGGGCAACGCUCUGAGCUGGCUGCGGUGACUGCUGAACGGUGGUACAUCGCACCAGGAGUGAAGAGGAUAGAGAUUAAUCAAAAUGGACUCGUAGGAACAUUGUUCAUACCACCUGGUCCAGGCCCAUUUCCAGCCAUGUUGGAUCUGUGGGGAAUGGGUGGAGGACUGCAGGAAUACCGCUCCUCUCUCCUUGCAUCCAGAGGCUACGCUAGUUUUUCUCUUGCCUACCUCGGGCACAAAGAUCUGCCUGGCCCACUAAACCGUAUCAACGUCGGAGAUUCAUAUUUUAAAGCUGCCUUCCUCCUGCUUCAGGAUCACCCUCAGGUCGUCUCAGACAGAGUCGGCAUCAUUGGCCUCUCCUUCGGAUGCUACUUUAUGCUUCGCAUGGUCACCAAAACCGAAGUUAAACCAUCUUGUUUGGUUUGUAUCAACGGCCCUGUGGGAGACGUUGAUACAAGCUACGUAGUGUCACUCUUGAAAUCAGACGGCAGGACAGAAGAGUCUGACAGUUCCCAGAAAUUUUUGAAUUUUGAUGAUGAGGGCUGUAUCAUUUUCAAAGACGUCACUCUGCCUGCUAAUAUUCCUCCUGACAAGUUUCUUAAGGUGGAGAAGCUCGACUGUCCUCUGAUGUACAUAGUGGGUGAAGAUGACCUGAGUUCUGCAAGCAUUGAGAACGCAGAUCUGAUUGAGGAGAGGUUAAGGUCGGCCGGUAAAUCCCUCCUGUUCACCCGCUUGUCCUACCCCGGCGCUGGUCACCUGAUUGAGCCGCCCUAUUCCCCGAGUACAAGAGCGUCCAUGUGGUCUGUCAAACCCAAGAAAUUGCUCGUGAAGUGGGGCGGCCACCCUGCACCGCACGCUGCUGCCCAGGAAGAUGCAUGGAAGAAAAUGUUGGAUUAUUUGGAGAAAAAUCUGAGAAGCUGAAUAUCUGGAGAGAUGCUGGAUUUGAGAAAUUUUUAUACAAAGAAACGUAAAUUGGAGCUCGAGUUCAAUUUGCACAAAAAUGGACAAGUUAAUUUGUUGCAAUGCAGUAAAUUGUAGAUCAUCCACAAAAGAGAGCCGCUUGGUUUUAGCUGUUAUUCUAGUGCCAACCACUGGACACACAUCAGCGAGGAGGAAAUUCACAGCAGCAGCAAAUCUUUACAUAUAUUAUGUUUUAUAAAACUCCUGUAGAAACUGAGCUGCUGCUGGAUGAUGGUUUCUGAACCAUCAUCCAGGUACGGAUGAUGGUUCCCAAAUACUGACCCAAAUACUGGGCAUUUCAUUUCAAGCAGCAAAGUUCAUAACAAACUACUGAACUGUGCAAAAAUGUACCAAUUCCCCAAGCAGAAUAAAUCAUGUUAUGAAAAACAUAAUAUAAAAAAGAUUUAACAACCUGCUUUCUAAGUUGGUUAAAGUACAAAAUAAUCAAGUCACACUAGUAGACAAACAGAGUCAAACUUCCAGAUUUCCUCAAGUGUUUAAUGAAUAUAUAGUGCAAACA